AGGAUGUCUCAGGGCAAUUGGACAAUAAUGAAUGUGGGUGUCUUCACUCUUCAGCCUCCUUCUUGGUCUCUGCCGUGUCACGGUGUUCCUAGAUCCAAUGCUUGGCCUAGACCCCUGGCCCCCAACGAGACCAAGCAUUCCUCAUUUCCCUUUUUCGUUCCUUUUUUGUCAAUAUGCUGUUUCUGUUUCUGCCUGUUAUCUUCACCGGUCGACCAGUGGUGAUCAAUGUCUCUGUUUCGCGUUGCCAGCUGGCGCCCACAGCUUUCAGCUUCAUCCAACUUUGCUUAUUGCUCUGCGCCUCCUCUCUCUCUCCGAAUAUCUUCGGUCAAGGGAUGGAGCUGAAGACCCAAGUCCGGGGAGUGGUUUUCCCGUGGCUAUUCUUAUCGAGUCCCUUCUUCUGUGUCUGUCUCUCGCUUGCUUCUUCCAACAAAUUCAGCCCUUUUUUCUCACACAAACCGGGCUCACAACCGUUUCGAUGAUCCACCGUGUCGGAGUCUCAUUGGUUGGUGGCAGCUUACCUUAGUCUCUUACGGAGCACAUGGAUCAAUGAC